AUGUCUAAAAAGGCGGUGGACGCGUUCACAGACGCAGAGAAGGCGGCUUUCGAGUGGUCCCGGCGCCGCCGUGGAAUUUCACGGGGAAGAAGGCGUCGGUCCAGGUCUCUGGAACGGAUGUAUCCGAAACAUCACAGGAACCGCCGUCACGACGAUAGUAGCGAUUCGGAUCAUCCAAAGGAUCCAUUCAACCCUCUAAAAUUGGCACAUAAUCCACGGCUCCGACGUCAACCGUCGUACGUUCGGAGACGGUCACCUUCUAGACGCUCGAAUUCCCCCAACCAAUGGGAGCAUGACCUCUACCACAACGUUGAAGAACAGGUCGCGGAAGAAUCGCGUUACCAACGUCGUCGAGUGGAACAGGAUAACACUACACAUGAAUUAGACACUCGCCGAGGUUCGUGGCGAUCCAAGGCAGGUGGUGUAUAUUUGCCUCCUGAUGGAAGUAAAGGCGAAUCCGAUGAUCUGUACUCAGAUUACAGACGUAAGCGGAGUCGGUCACCAACUAGAAGGUCGUCAAGAUCGCGAUCAUACGAGCGGCCAGAUCCUGUCUACACACUAGACUGA